AACAGAAGAAACGCGAAAAACUUUUGAGUUCGUGCACGAGAGACCACGUCAAGCGUAACAUGUUAAUGAAAUCGCACAUGCAAUGAAAUAAGCCUGCUUUUUCUGUCCUUUUGUGGAUAUCUUCACAGUGAAUUUUGUCAAGGGCUCAGCAGUAAAUUGAGAAGUCGCACAGUGGCUCUCCCUGCAGGCCAUUGGGAUACUGCCGCAUUGUGGACCCCAACACUGAAUGACAUGCCUCACCUGACUCAAACUACAAGGAGCUGAGGGUAAUUGGGAGCUAAAGACUUCACAAGAUUUCCUCGAAUCUAUUCUAUGGAGGUCAAAGGUCGCCUCAUCACUGCCAUGGGCUUAGGGGCCCCAGCUGUCCAGGGCUGUCAGGACAGCAAGCUGCAAGCGGAGCGAAUCUCAGAACUGCAGGAGCGAAAGCAGAGUCUGCAGAGCCUUUUGAACAGUCGUCUCGGAGAACUGCGACAAGUGUGUCUCUUGGAGGCGGAGCUCACUGGGAAGCUUCCACAGGAUUUUCCUUUAGAAGAAGGGGAAAGACCUCCCUUUGUUCAGCGCCGAGCUGGUCUGGCCCCUCAUGUUACCUCAAAAGGAGAGGAUGACCCAGGUCAACGACGGCAGAUGAAGGCUCUCUUCAGUGGUGCCCUGCGCCGGAGCAUCGAUUCUGAUAAAAACACGUUGCACAAUAAGAGGACUGUUCAUCGGGGAUGCCACACAGAGGAAACUGUGAAGUCAGAGAGCAGUUCAAUGUCAGACUCAACAUCACAUGACAAUGAGGAUUCGUCUCCCAGUGUGGCACCUGAGCAUCGCUCCUUGUCUCACCCCCGGCUGGCCCCAGGCAGUCCUGACAGUAGGCUCUGUAGGAAGCUGUCGCCUGUGGAGAUCUACUACGAGAUGAGGACUCGCCGCAACUCAGCCUCAAGCUCUGUGAGCCCGAGUCACUCACUCCCAAGAAGUGCAUCCAAUGUGGAGGGCAGAAGUGUUCCAGCCACACCGCUGUUGUCCCGCACUGCACCAAUGAGCGUCCACGUGAGGUCGGAGGUGUCUGUUGGUAUUGCACUAAAGCAGUGGUGUGGUAGUCCAGAUGUUCCUCAGUUUGUCCCAUUGGCAUCUUUGGAGGGCUCCUCUUCUGAGCGCCGCAGCUGCCCGUACAGCUCCCGCGCCCGUCGUAGCAACAGCUCUGAGGCGCUACUCGACCGCUCGAGUCUCCCUGAGCCCGAUCCUUCCCGCAACGGCAUGCCACCCCGAGCUGGACCAUACAAGAGCUCAGAGUCCCUCACGGAUGGGAAGCUCCGUCAGAUCUAUCAAGGCAGCCCAGACAGACAGAUGAUGGGAUUUAAAGACCAGGGUCGAAUGCGCUCGUCUCUGGGCGGCCAAAGCAGUGGCACGGGUUACAAUGAGAUUUUGAUGGACUACAUUUGGGGCAAACAGCAAAAGAGGCCUGUCCUGGCUCAACAGAACCAGUCAGCAGGACGAAUCUGGCCGGACCUCUCCACUCCUCCAUCGGGCACCCCUCCAUACUAUAAUGGUUUCUCUCAUUCGCAGUUACAUCUGGCUGCCGCCCCACCUUUUUACAGCCCCAUGCUGCUGCGGGGUCAAGAGGCCGAACCCCGUCGGGUCAAAGUGACACGCACAAAAUCCUGUGGACCCUUCAUCCCUUUACAGCAGCACUCACAGGAUGCCGUGUUGUUCUCUGCGUAUGAUCCAUCACAUCCCUCUGCUGGAUCCACAGCUUCUUCUAUUCCUAACCUGCUCCCUCACCACACAGAGCUGUCCACUGCUGCUGCAUUCGGCCGCAGACCGCCUCAGUUCUCUCUGCCCACUCCUGAGGACUCUACCCGCAGUCUGCACAAGGCACUGGCUCUAGAAGGACUCCGGGACUGGUAUCUGAGGAAUGCCUUAGGUUAUUCCACUAUGGCCAAAGGUCACGACGGACUCACCAUGCGCCAUUCACAUACUCACCACCUGGUGCACCAGCCUCAGUCCGUUACAGCCGACCCACUGUACUCUGUGCACCGUCAAAUACCUCAGUCAGCUUCAUUUCAUGGGCAUCCGUUGCAUGCCAGGUCCGUGGAGCUCUCUCUCUACCCAGAGCCUUUUCCCACAGAGGGGGGCACUCAGAAAGAGUCGGGCUCUGAGCCUCCUUCACCUGGAACACUUGUCUGACUGGCAGCCAACACACCCCACAGCCUCCAGUGCAACAUGUUGCAAUAUCUGAUGCAAAAUGACACCUUGUUCUAGGCAUGCACUGGUCCAAUACCGUGCUCAAAAUUAGAGGAAAA